ACUGGAGACAGGUCACUCUUUGUUUCUGACGUCUAUCAUCAGGCUAUGAUUGAGGUUGAUGAAGAAGGAGCUGAAGCUGCUGCUGCCACUGCUGUUAAGAUGAUGAGGAAAUGUGCGAUAUUGCCAAAGAUGUUUCUUAUUGAUCAUCCUUUCUUCUUCUUUAUCACCUCUCAGACUGGUCUGCCUGUCUUCAUGGGACAUAUUUUGGAGCCAAAGACUAAAUAA